ACUUUUUAAUUUAUUCGUAUUGUUAAUACUGAUAACGCAAACAAUGUUUCAAAAUAUUAUUGAUGUUUGAUUAUUUCAUGAGAUUAUUAACCUUUUAUCCGUAAAUUUCCGUUUACCGCACUUUAAACAAUGUCGGAUGCGUCAAAUCACCAAAUACCAGGUUUAAAACAGAAGAAAGUGUUUAAAAUUAUAGUGUUAGGUGAUUCAGGUGUUGGCAAAACGUGUCUAACUUAUCGGUUUUGCGAAGGACAAUUUUUAGAUAAAUCUGAGGCCACGAUCGGUGUUGAUUUCAGAGAAAGAAAUAUAAAAAUUGGCGGAGAAGAUAUAAAGCUCCAGCUAUGGGACACGGCAGGCCAGGAGCGGUUCCGCAAGUCUAUGGUGCAGCAUUACUACCGGAAUGUCCACGCUGUAGUCAUUGUUUAUGAUGUCACCAAACCUGAGACAUUUCAUUCAAUAGCAAGUUGGAUGCAAGAGGUGGAGUCGCACGGUCUGAUGCGUGCUCCGAGAGUACUGGUGGGCAACAAGUGCGACUGUGGCACGCCUGAGUCCCGGCUAGCCACUACAUACGCACAGCGACUCGCCGACAAGUAUGGCAUGCCGUUAUUUGAAACGUCGGCGCUUUUGGACUCGGAGUGUGACAAUGUGGAGUCUAUAUUUAUGACGUUGGCGCAUAAACUAUACUCCAAGCAACCGCUAAGAGUCGUCAGCGUUGAGGGAGAACACGGUCCAGGAGUAGUGAAUUUACAACGGCAGAAGCGGGCGACGAGUUCCAACGACGGUUGUCUAUGCAGCUAGACACACCUCGCCGCACUAACUACGUAAUGUACUAUUCCGUCUCACAUCCAUGACCAAUGUUGCCACUCUGAAAUAUUACCAGUAUUGCCAGCGGUAAAUAGUCUUGUUGUAACAAAGUUGAUUAUAAUAGAUGCUAACAUUUAAGGGGAUAGGCAGUUCUGUUCGUUAUUUUAUUUAUUAUACACAGGUAUGUUA